ACGGGGAGACGCGGAAAGACACGCGGAGAGACACGGGGAGAGACACGGAGAGACACACGGAGAGACACACGGGGAGACACACGGAGAGACACGCGGAGAAACAGGGUAGCGAAGACACGGGGAGCAGAGACACGGGGACAGAGAGAGACACGGGGACACAGGGAGACACGGGGACAGGGAGACACGGGCACACAGGGAAACGGAGACGCGGACCUGAGGCUACGCGUCGCCCCUGCCAAGGAUGCUGGAGUCCCUGUCGGGCCUGCCCCUGCCCCUUGACCCGAUGACCUUGACCCUGUCCCUGCCGCUGCUGCUCUUUGCGUACUACUGGCUCUUCCAGCCGUCGGUGUUCCUCUACCUGCACGACUGGUACUGGCGAACCCAGCUGGGCUUCCAGAUACGCGAGUGCCGCUGUGGGGCAUUCACGUUCUGCUACUCGGAGCUGGGCCGGCGUGCCGGCGGUGGUGCCGGCAGUGGCGGUGGCGGUGCAACCGUAACACGGCCCAGCCUCCUUUUCCUGCAUGCGUUCUCCGCCAACAAGGACAUGUGGCUGCCCCUGCUGCGGUUCCUGCCACGUGACCGCCACGUGGUAUGUGUGGACAUGCCGGGUCAUGAAGGGACGACGCGCGCACACGGUGACGACUAUUCCCUGCAGGGGCAAGUCACCCGCGUCAAGCAGUUUGUGGCUGCGGUGGGGCUGGACGCGGCUCCGUUCCAUCUCGUGGGCACGUCCAUGGGUGGCGGCGUGGCCGGGGUCUACGCAGCCACCCACCCCGGGGAUGUCCACACACUCACUCUCAUUUGUCCCGCCGGUCUGGACGCGCCGACGGAGAGCCGCUUCGUGGGGGAGCUGCGGGCGGCCGAGGCCGCGGGCGACUUCACCGGCGUCUCCCUCAUCCCGCGCUCGCCCGCGCAGGUGGCACGCAUGCUGCAGCUGGUGACGUACAGCUUCAAGCUGCCGCGGCAGAUCCUGCAGGCCAUGGUGGACGUGCGGCAUGACCACAACGAUUUCUACCUCCAGCUGCUCACAGCAAUAACGGCGGAGCGGUCGCGAUUCCGUCUCCACGAGACGAUGCACCUCAUCACAGCCCCCACCCUCGUCGUCUGGGGCAAGCAGGACCAGGUGCUGGACGUGUCCGGCGCGGCGCUGCUCUCGGCGGUGCUGCCGCGGUGCCGUGUGGAGCUGCUGGACGACUGCGGCCACACGGUGACGAUGGAGCAGCCCCACGAGACGGCGCGGCUCCUCCUCGCAUUCCUCGCUCACACCGAGUCCGGGGGAUAGUGGCCAGGGGAUGGGGACUAGUGGAUAGGGGAGGAAGUCUUGUGGUUAGGGCGAUAGGGGAUGGAGACUAGCGGAUAGGAGAUAGUGGCUAGGGGCUAGUGGCUAGGGGUUGUGGGUCGGGAGCCAAAGGCCCCCCCAUAGAGGCGAGCGCUAUACAGGAUGUGGUGUACCGGGUGCUACUAACAGGGAUGGCGCGGGCUUGAGCCGUGGGGUGCAAUAACGACUCUCAGUGCUUGGUCUAUCCACUGUUAGAUGAGGCCUCCCCCACGCCACACGAGGGCGGGGGGGGGGGGGGCGCGUGGGAGCCUAGGAGCCUCGGAAUAGAGUCCAAUGGGGGGGGGGGGGUACGGGUGGUGACGCCCAACAGGCGAGGUGCAAUAUUGACGGUGGGCACAGCGAAGGUGCCGAUUAGCCGAACCACUGCCGACGGGUGCUACGUCCGAGCGCGAUAACGUGAUACAAAAUAAAUAUAUAUGUACACA